UUUUGCCGCGCCCAAGGUGCAUUCAUCGUCUCUCUCUUCCUUUCAGUGCUUAAACUCCGAUCAUGACGUCCUCCUUAAAGCCCAAACUCUGGUCUUUCGUCCCUCUUCUUAUCUCCCUCUCCUUGUGACGAGACGAUCCGAGGAUCAAACUAGGUGGCUCUCUUAUGGGUGGGCCCGAACCAGAUGCCGAUUUUGCCGAGCCAAGCGAUCGGAGAGUUCAGAAGGAAGAAGGCAAGAUGAACGCAAGUGAAGAAACAAUGAAAAGCAAGCAGGUUAUUGACAUAAGAAGAUGGGAGGACUUACCUCUUGACUGUUUGGUAAACAUUUUCAAGAGAUUGGGUGUUGAGGACAUCACAACUGGUGUUCCUUUUGUAUGCAAAUCCUGGUAUGAAGCUCAUCUCGAUCCUAGCUGCUGGAAGAUAAUAGACCUUCGUGCAAUGUAUCAGUGGCCACAGAGUCCUUUUAUUGGGAGGUUCAUGCAUGCAUACCAUUUAAAGAAAUUCAAAACCAGGGGGUUUCUGAAAAUUAUAAUCAAGCGUAGCCAUAAAUUACUUUCCGAGCUGGUUCUCCCUGAUCACCUUCUUCCUCUGAGCGAAAUGGUCUACAUCUGCAAAGAAUGUCCAAUGGCAAAUAUUUAUGCUCCAUGGCACUCAGAAAAAGAUCGAGGUUUCAUCCGCAGUUUUGUGCAGACAUUUAAUGAGGCUGUCAUGCAACACUCUAAGAAUAUAGUGAUGUAAAUUUCUGAAUGUAAAUUUGUUUCUGGAAGCUUCACAAAUGGAUAAUUUUAAGUUCUUUUAAAGAAUUAAUAUUUAUCUUUUAUGGUUUCAUUUAAUUUAUGUCCUGGUUUAUAUA